AAGCAGCCACUGAAAUUCACCGGGAAUCUUCCUUCCAUAAGGCCUCAGCACGCACACGCCCACACAUAUAUAUACCUAUACAUACAUACAUACACAAUGCAGAAAACAAAAAUUCUUCGGAGACAAGAAUUUCUGCCCUAGUCUGUAAUUGUGUGGACUAAGUGUGAUUUUAGAGGUGAUUAAGUUAGAGUGAAAUUGUGUCGUUUCUGUUGAAGGGUUUCACGAAUUCAGAGAAGAACACUUUCAGAAGUUUCCGGUGGAUUUGUUGCAAACAUGGUUGCAGAAAGACAAAAUUUUUCAGCAAAAAUGGUGACCAAAACCGUGGAUCUCCGAUCUGACACCGUCACCAAACCAACUGAAGCAAUGAGGGCUGCAAUGGCUAAUGCUGAUGUUGAUGAUGAUGUAUUGGGUAAUGAUCCCACGGCCCUGAGACUCGAGACAGAGAUGGCAAGGAUUGCGGGCAAGGAAGCAGGCUUAUUUGUUCCUUCCGGCACUAUGGGUAACCUCAUUAGUGUGCUUGUUCAUUGUGAGGUUAGGGGCAGCGAAAUCAUUCUCGGAGACAAUUCCCACAUCCAUAUUUAUGAAAAUGGUGGCAUAUCAACAAUUGGAGGUGUACAUCCGAGGACGGUGAAGAAUAACAAAGAUGGAACGAUGGACAUCGGUUUGAUUGAAGCUGCCAUUAGAGACCCUAGGUUCGAAAUUUGUUAUCCGACAACUAGGCUUAUAUGCUUGGAGAAUACUCAUGCCAAUUGCGGUGGUAAAUGCCUUCCUGUAGAGUAUAUAGACAAAGUUGGAGAUCUUGCAAAGAAGCAUGGGCUGAAGCUUCAUAUUGAUGGAGCCCGUAUUUUCAAUGCAUCAAUUGCAAUUGGAGUUCCUGUUCAUAGGAUCGUACAGGCUGCUGAUUCAGUUUCGAUAUGUCUAUCAAAAGGUCUGGGUGCUCCAGUUGGAUCUGUCAUUGUUGGUUCAAAACGCUUUAUUGCCAGGGCAAAGAUUCUCAGGAAGACCUUAGGUGGCGGGAUGAGACAGGUCGGUAUCCUGUGUGCUGCUGCUUUGGUUGCAUUGCAAGAGAAUGUUCCAAAGCUUGAGGGUGAUCACAAGAAAACCAAGACAUUAGCAGAGGGACUGAAUAGUAUCAAAGGACUGCAAGUGGAUGUUGAUUCUGUGGAGACCAACAUUGUAUAUUUUGAUAUAUUAGAGAGCUCAAAUAUCACAGCACCAAAAUUAUGCAAACAUUUGGAAGAUCGUGGCAUACUUGUGAUGCCAGACAGUUCAACCAGAAUUAGGCUUGUCAUUCACCAUCAAAUUUCCGGAAGUGACGUGCAGUAUACCUUGUCGUGUAUUCAGCAAGCUAUGACUGGAGUUCCGGAGGAAAAUGGUGGCAACUAAGAUGAACUGCUGCUGACAGUUUCGAGAUCAAUUUCAUCUGCUGUGAAGUUGUUCAAACUUGAGUAACAAAUCAUUUCUAUGUCGUGUUGAAGUGCUAUAAGUUAUGGUAUAAUGUAACUGCAUUGAACUUUUAAUCUAAAUUGCGUCGUUCCUGUUUCAAAAA